UCUGUUUAUUUUUUAGCAGUGAAGACGAUAAGAAGUCGAUGAGCCAAAGCGAUAUGUGGAGGAACUUGUGUAGAAGAGAAACACUGAUUUUCUGGAGGGCUGUGAGCAGACGACGAUGGGAGCCAAUGCUGAUGGUAUAGCAAUAAUGAUCACAAACACGUUAAAGCAACUACCGUAUAGAGGAAGAAAAUGUAAACAGCAUCGUCCAGUUAGACGCUCCGAAUGCCCUCUUUCAUUCGUCAUAAUAGUUCCACUUUGUUGCGUUUCUGCGUGAGCCUGUACACUUGUGAGGGAUUCAGGUGUUAUCAUUACCAUCGUCAUCGUCAUCGUCACCACCACGGUCGCCAUGGCCAUCGUCAGGUUGUGCGCUGUUGCGUUGUGCUUAAUUCAGAUCGAACCUAUUUUGUCGCCGGCUCCUGGAGAGGGCAUCAACUCUUACCUUACAUCCAUGCCUGUCGACGCCUGUCAGGAUCACUCAUGAACAGCCGAAUGGAACGGACGCGUAAAUGACUAACACGAAUCACUAAUAACAUCGACAAACUGAACAUUUAUAACAUAUGGACUAUUCGGAUCUUCAGACGGAUCAGCAAAUACGCUCAUUUGGUAUGAUGCGUUUUGUCGAACUGGCGUCCAAUGCAUACGAACGGUACUCUUAAGUAACGCAUCUUCGCGUACCGUCCGAACGCCGUGAGGUUUACCCCCCGUGAAAAGGAUGAUUCUGAAGAGAACUCUGUAAAUGUGCGGUGCUCUCUGCGCUGUUCGAAACUUCGAAAGAAGGAUCCGGUAUUACGUUGUGAUAAUAGCACUUACUGACGCAUUGCUUCGCUAUCGCGGAUGAUACCAGCGACAUUUGAUAAAAUGUAAAUUUUAACAGCCACUUGAGGAUGAAGCUAAUGCCAAUGGCAGUUGACGAUUUGUGAUGACAGAUGGAUUAGAUAGUACAAUGUAUCGUAAUCCUAGAAGGAAACGAGCCUAGAAAACUGAGUUCACUUAAAAUUGACAACUGUGCCUGAUUGAGUCAACGAUAAUAAUGCCGUUAACAAUAAUAGCGGGCAAGUGUACAGUCACAAAAGCAGUUGGAGACGCUGAAGUCUCCAGAUUAAUUCCUCGUCCAUGUCUAAACUUCCAGAUUCGGGAGCCAUGGGUGGCGUUGGUAGGCGACUGUUUUUUUUUUCGGAUCUGCGAUGUGGCUUUUGCCCACGGCGCACUGCAUCCUGAUGAUUGUCCUGCCGUCAUUUCUUACCCUCGUGGCCGUAUCGGUCCCACGAUGGAUCUCGCCGAACAAGUUCUACCCAGAUCGAUCGAAACACUGUUCGUUCAUCUGGGCUCAAAUGAUCUCAGCUCACCAUCAUCAAAUCCCGUGCAAGUCGUUACUUACCUUGAGGAACGUCUGUAUCGGCUGCAGAUAUUGUUGCCGAGUCUUCGAACCGUCAUCAUAUGCCUGCUAACCGCUCGUACUACUGAUCUCGUAGGACAUUACGACAUGAACUAUAUUCAUGGCUGCAACCAACGAAUGGCUCUCUUCAAUGAUCUUGUCCUCUCUGGAAUAAUUCGUGGAGUUAAAUUCACAGUUCGGUAUCUAGAUUUUUACCUGUCGAAAAAAAAUUUACCUUCUCUAUUACGGGUCACCGGUUUUGGGCUGAACGGUAAAGGAAGGGCCCAUAUUGGUGGCAUUAUCGAGAAUCUAAUAUUGAAAGACUUACGCCUGGAACGCAAUCUAAUACCUUUUGCAUAUGCUGUGCCACCUAAUUACAUACGUUCACAAGACAAUAACAAUUAUAAUGCUUGGCCUAUUCCCAACCAGCCACAGCAACCAGAGAACCUGGUAGGACCAAUUCAAGCCCGAAGCCGACAGUGGCAACAGCCACCCGCUUUAUUUCAAGUGGGCCAUCCACCGUCCAGUAUCGGUGUGACCAUCCCAGACUUUUCGGCUGGCUAUACGAAUUUAAUGCGUCCAUUUAAUUAAAACCGUAUAGAGUCAACAAAGUAAACUAGCAAAGACGACCGUUGUUCUAAAUAUGAAAAAAAAGAUUUUCCCUUCUAUUAUUGCGACACUCAGCUUGGAUGAGUAUCAAGAAUCACUGCUGUCCUAAGACCUACUCGGCUCUUUGCCUGCCCGUUCUAUGCGCUUGUACAGCUAAAUAUAAUACUGACUAGAAGAUUCUUACAGGUUAAUAUGUUAACUUUUAUACUUAAAAACGUCUCACUAUAGGUAUGACGGACGGUAUAUAUAUUUAAUCGAACUAUCUUUAUAAUAAUAAUAAUAAUAGACAACGUGACGGCGAGAUAAUUAUAU